AUUGACUGGCUUUGUGGAAUUAUUAGGAAACGUACAGAUUGUUUGUAAGGAACAGGCUGAGCAACGCAUUUUGACCAAUAUUAAAGAUUAUCCAUACAUUCCUUAUUAACUUCUGCAGAAAGAUUAUGAGUAGUCAGAGAUUACCAGUUGUAGUCUUCUGAUUCGCCUAAUCUUGUUAAUUCAUGGUUGAAACGAAAAGCUAGAUCAGUUAAGUUUGCCGGGUCAUGCAAUUAGUCGCUUGUCGGCAUGGUGAUUGGUUGAGCAGAAAUAUGGUUCUGGUGUUACAUCUAGGAAUUGUAUAUAUAUCAAGAACUUUCACUGUUUUGCCGGUUUUGACUAAAUUAUGAGCUGGCAUACAUUAUUCACACAUUUAAACACCAUAACCGUAGUCUUUAUUCUGCUUGAGAUGCAUACAUUUGAGGCAGCGCCGGUUGGUCAGAAUUAUAUUAUCAUUGUUGAUGCUGGUAGCAGUGGUUCAAGAAUGUUCGUAUACACAUGGCGAACGAAAUCAGAGUCCUUAAGUGGUUUAGAAGAUGUGGAAAUUUUAAAAGAUGCAUCAGGAAAUCCUGUGGUGAAGAAGAAAACCCCUGGUCUUUCAAGCUUUGCCAACAAGUUAUCUGACAUUCCUGAGUAUAUAUCUGCUUUGUUGAGCUAUGCUGAGUCACAUAUUCCUUUGAGUAGCCAACCUAGCACCCCAUUAUUUAUAAUGGCUACAGCAGGAAUGAGGCUUCUUACACAAACGGAUCAGGAUACAAUUUGGAGGCAUGUUCGAAGUCAUGUGAAGUCCACGUAUAAAUUCCAGUUUAAAGAAUCUCAUGCUUAUACAAUAUCUGGUGUAGAAGAAGGUUUGUUUGGGUGGAUUUCUGUAAAUUACCUGCGUGGAAGGUUUCGUUUACUUCCUGGAGAUAAAGGGCCUGUUAAACAACCUACUAACGGCAUGCUUGACAUGGGUGGAGCAAGCAUGCAAAUCGCUUAUGAAGUGCAAUCGACAGAUAAUCUACCAAACAGCUUAGUAUCGGAAUUUUCCUUAACGAGAAAAUGGUUUUCCACAAAUCAACGAUACAAACUCUACGUUAAAAGUUAUUUGGGAUACGGAAUGAAUGCAUUUCGAAAAAGGUAUGAAGAAUACCUCUUUGAAAUGUUUGGGAUAAAUAAUAGUAGUAAACAAGAAGCAUCCAGAAUUGAGGAUCCUUGCUUACUCGAGGGUUUUAAUGUGACAAGUGAACUUACUCCUCGUCGAGUUGUUGGUGAGAUGCUUGAACCAGCGAGUGACAAAUUUUCUGUUCAGUAUACAGGCACGGGUAAUAUGGAUAAAUGUAUGCAAAAUGUAGAACCUUUACUUAAUUUAAAUCAAAGUUGUUCUCCACUACCAUGUGCAAUUAAUAAUGUUGCUCAAUUAGAUCCGGACUUCAAUUCAAUGGAAUUUUAUGGCCUCAGUGAAUUUUAUUAUACUUUAGAAACAUUAAAAAUGAUUCCACCUGUUCAGUAUAAUUAUUCUUUAGUAUUAAGGAAAAUCGAGGAAACUUGUAGUACACCUUGGGAAACCUAUUUAUCAACACUUAGGAAAGAAAACACAAAUUUAUCUGAAGAAAACUUUUGUGUCCUGUUGGCACUGAUCAUGAAAAGCGAACUUACAACUCUGGAAAAAAUUGCUACUUUUUCAUAGAUUCAUAUCCAAAUUACCUAAUGGUCAAUAGACUCCAAUUAUCACUAGAAAUUGAAUAAAAUUCAACAUUGAUUACUAUCCAAAGAUCUGUGUCGCACAACCGUAGGCAAUCAUAUUUUAUAAAUAUUUAAUUCAUUUAUAGGCUUUAAAAAAUUAAUAUGCUUUAAAGCUUCAUAUUUAGUUAGUGCAUUUCAUAAAGGCUUGCACUUUCCAACUAAUUAUGACAAACUUAUUCCCACUCUCGAAAUUAAUAAAAUCGAACUACAAUGGAGUUUAGGAGCUUUAUUAUAUAAAUUAAAGUAAGAUUAUUAUUAUUAUUAUUUGUACAUGAGAUGCUCGAAUAAAAUUAUGUAAGAUAAUUUUAGCAGUUAUAAUAAUUCAAUUUAGAAAUGUAUCACUUCAAUGUUAACCUUAAUAAAGCCAAUAAUAUUAUAUCAGUAUUUCUUAUUUCAUGGAAUAGAAAAAAGUAUCAUUCCUUUUAGAAUUGGAAUUAUUAUUUCUUAUGUUGAGCGCUAACACUAAAAAUUAAUACAAAUAGCUAUAAAUAGUAAAUAGAAAGGAACUCUUACAAGGCGUAUAGUAGAUCUGUAAAUGUUCUGUUUAGUGUUAUAUUGUAUCCUUUUCCAAAUGAACGACUUUAAUUCGAUAGCGAUAAACCACCAGAGCAAAAUAGUUUCAUCUCCUGCAGCGUUUGCUCGGUUGAGCUUUCACUAUUUUUUUGAACAACAUUAUCAGCACAAACUUUAGGCAGACUCUCUAUCUAAUUAAACUAUCGAGCUCAGAGAACGAAAACCCCCAAAAUCAUCCACCUGAGCUAAAAAUCUUCACCAUCUCAAGAUCAAAAUCUUAUACCGGGUCUUUAGAAGUUAUAACGAAGGUAUGUGAUAUCGCAGAAAAGCACCCUUCCCUCCCUCCUGGUUGGCAGCGACACCAAAUGUAGUGAACGAGAACAUAAGUGGGGACAAUCGGAUGUAUUUGAUUACAAAAUUACAGAACAUCUGAGAACCAUGCAGUAAAUACUUAAUUUGCAAAAUGUCAAUCAACCGUCUCAGACUUCGUUGUUCUUUAGUUUCUGCACCAAUAAUUCGUUGUUCCCGUUCUCUUCUCUUUGAUCUUCUUGACCUUACUCCUCCAGGUAUUUCACUUUCGACUGUCGACACUAACUACUUAUAUCUGUCGACAUCAGUAGCACACACCACGAUAGUGGUAUAAGAAAAUUUAAACACAAAAGAUAUGAUUCGAGAAAAUAUGGAUUUGUGGUCUAGAAAAUGUAAGGUAUUUUGAAACUUUGGAUCUAAAAGUGAACAAAGAGGGAAGGCACCUGUGGUAUUGUGAUCUAUUCUAAGCCAUAUCCCCAAAGUAUCUAAUCUUUGAUCACGGAAAUCGCUCAGGACCCAAACAAGUAGUCUGCAUAUACUUACACGACUCAGUCUAACAUCCGAUGAUUCAUGAACUAAUGCUUUGUUUUGAACUGACCUUUCCUAGUUUCCUCUAAAUCUACUCCUAAACCAGUCAUCAUCUCGGAUCGAGUUAGUCAAUGGAUGUACAUACGUAAUAUAUGUCUCAACCGCCACGGUCUUCAAAGAUUCACUAUCUCGACAGUCGAUUUGACAUAUUUAUAUAGUACUCUGAGUCUAACCUCAGCAUUACUCAGCCGGUGGUCUCAACGUACACAAAGAAUGCUUCUAAUAUAUCAGUCAUCAGAUACCAGUAAAGUUUAUUUUUAAAGGCCACGUUUCACAGCCAUGAAGCAGAACAGGACGAAUUGGUGCUCGCUCUUUGGUUGAAAGACGGACAGCUCGCCAACGUCAUUAGUUCGAUUAUUGUUGGAGGCUAGUCCCCAAGAACUCUCGAUUUUUCAAUACCUCUUUCUUUAAUAAAUUUGGAAAGUUAUCUAUUAUUAUUUAGCACCAUAACCUCUCCCAUCUCUUUUAUUUUCGCUAUCCACCACUGCCCUCGGUCAUCACACAAAUUUUUUGUUAGUUUAUAUUCAAGUUGUCUUCGCUCUUCAUUGUGUCCCGAGCCGAUGGGCUGAGUUUGCUUCCAUCUAUCAAAUCAGUAAAUACUACCAAAAUCCACUGUUACUUCUGAAUCUUUUAUUUUGAGUUACUGGUAGACAUUCAUGUUGUUCUUACAACUAUUGGUAUAUCAUAUCAGUCUGCAUCGGGGUGGUCAUCAUCUUGAUGACUGGCUAACUGCUUCUUUAGAUUUUCGUGGAACAUACUACUAGUCUUUCUAUCACUGGGCUGAGUUCUAAGGGGUGUUUCUGCUUCGGUCAGUCAAGUUUACAGAUACACAGAGGUACGUCAUACCAGUUCUCCGUAUCGACUAGAUGAGAUAGUGAAUAAAUCCACUUGCAUCCCAUACACAGGUUUCAAAAACGCAAUGUAAGUUAAUGGCUCGAAAACUUAUAGUUCUGGAUAAUAAAACCUUUUUUUCUAUUUCAAAUAAGGCUCGGACACUGGAAGAUCUGGCACGUAGUUUAGAGAGUGGAUUCAAGAGACUGAAAUCUCUAGCAUUGGCAGGAAUUAGUUCUAAAGACUAAGUUACAUAAGAAGGGUUGGUGGUGAGAAUAGAAAAAAUAUUCGGAAGUGAUGAAGGGAUUUGAUCAUGAAUAAGUGGGUCUCAAAUGUGUGGAUAUUUCUUCUUAGGGUGCCUGAAAAAUAAACCAGAUUACUAUUGAUCUUGGUGACCUGUUAAGGUAACUGAGGAAUCCAAAAGACAACCACUUGAGAUCAAUCGCACAUGACUUUUAUGUGAAACUUCUCGAUGCCUUAUAUUUGUAUUUUAAAGGCCUUAUCGUCAGAGGCGAAAAUCUAAUUUUUCCCUUUGGUUUUAAGAAAGUAACAUCAUUGUUAUUAAUGGUUAUAUGAGGGAGAAAUAUUACCGCCUUCACAGUUAGCAAUACAACUUCACCCUAAGACCUUCAGCUGCUACUUCUAUUCGCACCUUUCUGACAUGGUGGGAUCUAAAUAAACAAGUGUCCCAGCCAACAAUAUAGCUCGGUUGAGUCUUCACGAUAGGGAAUUUCAACUAUCACCCCAAGGUAGCAUCUACGUUUAGGUUCUAUUCAACUACCGAAAUAUUCAUUGUUUAGACUAUCGGAUACAAGAAGUUGAAUUAAUAAUACUAUUUUAAAUAUUAAAAAUUCAUCUAAAACUUAUUUCAAAAACGACAAUGCGUCUUCAAAAAAAAGUGGUAACUUGGAAAUGUGAUACUCAGGCAAACAAUACAUAACGUAAAUGAAACUGGCGUACCUUAGCAAAUACCUAUCUAAUGUUUUUUAUAGUAAUUUUCUGCCAGUUUUUCGUUAAUUAUUUUAUCAAGGAACAUUUGUAAAUGCACUGUUUAUAAUUUGAUUCAUGUUUCUUCUUUUUUUCUAAUUCCUUCCUUUUUUUCACAAAAACAAAUAUUUAGAGCAACUACAAUAGACGAAGAAAAAAAGCGGGAAAUUAUCGUGUUCUCAGUGGUUGUUUUUUGUGUUGUAAUCGUUUUAAUGUUAAUAGCUGUUAUACUCUAUUUUACAGUAAUCAAACGUUUACGCACAAGUAAACAAGCACAAAAUGGUUCAAUUACAACAGAUAUGAACAAUAUAGAAUCGAAUGUAAAUAGUAAUAAUGAUACUUUAAAUCAAUUAAAUGAUAAAAUGCCAUGAUUUUAAACUAAUCAUUAUCCAAAUAAUAAACAUUCACUUACAAACACUUCAUAUCAUAAGCGCUUGUCAUAUGUUUACAUAAUGAGCGCUUUAUUUGAACUUAUUUUACUCCUGUUAUAGUUAUGUACUCAAAAUUUUUUUAGACAUCAAUCUGUUGAAACAAAGGAAAGAUAAGAUUCUAUUUUAUUGAGGUGUGUGUACGCCCAAUUCUUAAAUUUGUAUUUAUUUUCUUUGAUUUAAUUAUUUAUUUAUUAUAAUUAUUGUUUACUUCGAACUUAUAUUUAUUUUUGAUAAUAAAAGCUAAACAAGUUUUCUCUUCCGUUA